CAGCCACCCAACAAAGUUAGUAUGAUUUCCAAGACCAUUCUGCUAAAAUAUACUGUAGUACUGUCAUCUUCUUUCUUCAAUCCAAUUAGUUUGUUCCAUAUCUCUUGCCUUUUGUUCACAUAGAUUAUUCAUAAUUUACCAUCAAUGAGGUUGAAGGAUAAAGUGGCCAUAAUCACCGGUGCAGCAAGUGGUAUCGGUGAAGCAGCGGCAAGGUUAUUUGUAGAAAAUGGUGCAUUUGUCGUGAUUGCCGAUAUCCAAGAUGAAUUAGGUGAUCAAGUUGUCUCUUCGAUUGGGCCAGAUAAAGCUAGUUAUAUCCACUGCGAUGUCACGGACGAAAAGCAAGUCGAGGAGGCAGUAGCAUAUGCUUUAUACAAGUAUGGAACACUGGAUAUUGUGUACAGCAAUGCAGGAAUCGUUGGAUCAAUGCGUCCGAUUCUUGAUAUAGACAUGAAUGAGUUUGAAAAUAUGAUAGAUGUUAAUGUCUGCGGCGGUGCGGCCAUGAUAAAGCACGCUGGUCGUGCAAUGGUGGCACGGAAAAUUCGUGGAUCGAUCAUAUGCACGGCUAGCGCAACAGCAAUUCGAGGUGGGAUAGGACCAAUUGAUUACACAACGUCAAAGCACGCAAUAUUGGGUCUGGUUCAUUCUGCCUCGUUUGAGUUGGGAAGUUACGGAAUCAGAGUUAAUUGCGUCUCUCCAAUAACAGUGGCGACACCAUUGACCUGUAAGUUGCCUGUGUUCAAUAAUUUUUGCUUGGAUCCAGAGCUUAUCGAAGCUUUUGCUUCUGUUACCUUGAAUCUAAAGGGAAUGGUUUUGAAAGCAAAAGAUGUAGCAGAGGCAGCUUUGUUUCUGGCUUCCGAGGAAUCAAGUUGCAUCAGUGGGCACAAUAUAGUUAUCGAUGGAGGAUUAACAUGUACAAGUAACAUAUACCCAAUUGAUUAUGUCACACUUGUCAUUCCAUUUUUGCGAUGGUCGGUCCAUAAAUGCAUAUCAAAAUGUACUUCCAUUCUUGCAGUUUGUAAGAGUUACCUUACAACUUAAAUCAAAUUGAAAUUGGAAUGAAAAUUG